AUGAAGAAAUAUUUCGGUCUGCGGGGCUCGGCCCUCAACUGGGCUGUUGGCUUGAUUGCUGGAUGCGAUUUCCUCUUUUCGGCUACGCCAUGCCCAAUUUUCUCUCCCAGUUUCCAGAGAUCAACCCGAACGCCGCCACCUCAGCAGAGGACUCAUCCCACCGCUCCACUAUUCAAGGCAUCACAACAGCCGCCUACAACCUUAGGCUGCUUCGUCGGCGCCGUGAUCACUAUCUUCAUCGGAAACCCCCUCGGCCGCAAACGCAUGAUUAUGCUAGGCACGUCCAUCAUGAUCAUCGGCGCCGCCCUGCAGGCCUCGGCGACCACCCUGCCGCACCUCAUCGCGGGCAGGUUCAUCACGGGCCUGGGGAACAGCAGCAAUACGUCCACGAUCCCAACGUGGCAGUCCGAGACCUCACACGCGCACAGACGUGGCAAGCUGGUAAUGAUCGAGGGGGCGCUGAUCUCGGGUGGUCUCGUAUUGGAUCGACCUGGGGUUGUCCUUCGCCCCUGGAUUGUGUUUUGCGUGUUCAUCCUCAGUUUGAUCUGGGGUCUGCCUGAGUCGCCGCGCUGGCUCAUUCUCCGUGGGAGGGAGGACGAGGCUCGUGAGGUUCUGGCUGCCCUGAACGACAAGGAGGUUAACGACAAGAUCAUCGUGGCUGAGUUCGAUGAGGUCAAGGACACGGUGAUUGAGAUGUCCAAGGGAACUUUCGCCGACUUGUUCACAAUGGACAAGAACCGCAACCUACACCGCACUUUGCUCGCGUACACAAACCAGAUGUUUCAACAAAUCACGGGAAUCAAUCUCGUCACGUACUAUCUCACAGUCAUCUACAGCAACCUAGGCAUGUCCCAGUUCCUCUCCCUCCUCCUAGCCGCGCUCAACGGCACAGAGUACUUCCUCGCCUCCUGGCCUGCAGUCUUCCUCGUCGAGCGCGUCGGCCGGCGCAAGCUGAUGCUCUUCGGCGCCGUGGGCCAGGCGGCCACGAUGGCGAUUCUGGCGGGCGUGGACUCGCUGGGAAGCCGUGCAGGCGACAUCGCCGUCGUCGUCUUUUUGUUGGUCUUCAACACCUUCUUCGCCGUCGGCUGGCUGGGCAUGACCUGGCUGUACCCGGCCGAGAUCGUGCGCCUGCGGAUCCGCGCACCGGCCAACGCGCUGUCGACGUCAGCGAACUGGAUUUUCAAUUUCCUCGUCGUCAAGAUCACGCCUGUGGCGUUUAACAACAUCGGGUACCAGACGUAUAUCAUCUUUGCGGUGAUCAACGCGUUUAUGGUGCCGAGUGUGUACUUCUUUUACCCAGAGACAGCAUGCAGGAGCCUCGAGGAGAUGGACGGCAUCUUCCAUAAGCUGAAGCCGGGCUGGAAGGGCGUUGUUGGCGCGGUGCAUCAGGCUCGGGUGGAACCGAGAAGGUCCAAGGGCGUCAUGGUGCAGCAUGAGGGUUAG